AUGCUUCUUCUCCUUCCAACGCUUGCUCUCCUUCUAGCCUCUCUCUCUUUCGCUGCUCGCAUCGAUCUCUCUCGGGAUGCGAAAAACAAUGCUACCUCUUUCAAAGGUGAAAUGCAGUACAUCUUGAACAAGUACGCUGCUAUUUCAAACCGUCAUCACAACAGGACUGGUGAGCACCUGAAUAUCGUCAACAUGGAUCAUGUCAAUAAGCAGAAGCGUGCUAUCGGUAAGACGUCUCUUCGUAGAGACAAGGCUUGGUCCGGCACAAUUCAAGUCGGUUUCCCCCCGCAAAAGGCUUUAGUCGUCUUCGACACUGGCUCCUCUGACCUUGUCAUCGACAAGUCUUCAUAUCAUCCCAAACUCUCUCUCACAUCCAAGAAGUUGAACAAGAAAUUUGAUUUUUCUUACGCAAGUCUCCAUGUCUAUGGCGAUCUUUACACGGACAAGGUCGCCAUUGGCGGCGUCAAGGCCAGGGAUGUUCCCAUCGGUCACGGUAAAGAAGACUUUGAUGGUGAUAGCACUGGCGGGACCUUUGGCCUCUCCUUCGCCCAUUCUCAGAACAGCGGCUUUGAAGUGGACCAAAAGCCUUUUAUAUGGGCUGCCAAGAAGCAACACCUCAUUCAAUCCAGCACGUAUCAAUUCACUCUCCGUCCCAACGGUGGAGCCAGUCUCAACGUUGGCAAGGUCGAUCUCUUUGAGUUGGGCGGUCUCAUUACUUGGACGGACAAAAAUACUGAUAAGACGUUUUGGAGGAUCAGUGUGGAACUUAAUGGAAACAAGAUUCACAAUGCUAUUGCUGACACGGGUACCAAUGUGAUUGCCGGCCCGAACGAAGAAGUCAAGGAGCUGUUGGAUAAGCUCGAUGGUAUUUCUGUCGAGCAGUCCGAUGAUGGAUCGUAUCAGGGCUAUUACAGUUGCAAGAACCCUCCUCACUUAAGCUUCAAGGUCGCUGGACAGACCUUUAAAUUCCCUGAAGCAGCCAUGAACUUCGGUCGUGAUGGUGAUAAGUGCUUAUUGUCCAUUUUUGGUACGCCAGGUAUGCAGGAUUGGAUCCUCGGCUCACCCUUUUUUGAAAUUGCUUCUGUUAUUCUCAACUAUGACGUUGGCCGUAUGGGCUUUGCCAAGUACAAGUAG